AUGGAAGCGACAUCCGAGUCCUCACCACGAUCAGGGCAAAAGAAACCAGGCCUGUCGCGGCCGAGAAAGGCAAAGGCAUGUCAACGGUGCCGGACGAGGAAGCAAAGGUGUGAAGGCCCACCAAACUGUCAAAACUGUGCCUCAGCCAAUGAAGAAUGUAUUCCCGCUGAGCGCGAGCGCAUGGCCCUGUACUCAGUUCAAUACAUCGAAUCACUCGAAGCACGCAUCUCGGAUCUUCAGCAUGGAGCGACACUGGCAACUCCCGGAAUGUCACUUGAUCAGUCGAUAGAUGGUCCUUCUCGACAUAUUGAUGAUCCCCAGAUCACCAACGGGUUUCUUAACCCACCAAGUGGUUCUGAUCAGCCGGAAAUGACAUUCAUGGCCCCUUUAGACAACUCAAACAACACCAUCUAUGGCCUGGACAUACUACAGUCAGACGACAACCUGUUCUCCGUCAGCGAUUUGGCAAAUCACGACACAAGUACGAACUCCCAAAGCGAUCUGGCCAUGCCAAUACACGUCCUGGGCCGGGGGUCUGCUCCAACGUUUGCAGAGGUGUCCCUCCACGAAGGUGCCGUAUUUUUCAACGUCUAUUUCGAAACGAUUCAUCCACGUUAUCCAUUUCUCGACAUAGAAGAAUGCAGCCGAGGGUAUCAGGACUGGAGGAUGGGUGAAAUCUCCCUGUCAAGCACUGAUGUCUGGAGAUGUUACCUGGUCAAAAUGGCACGUGAAGCAGUCUCUCCCUCUUCCCAACCGAGAACUCUAUCUAAUCUCGACGGCUCUACGCGACAGCAGCAUCACAACCUAAUGCUACAAGCGCAGGCCGACCGGACCAUACUGACGGAUCACUCAUACAAGCCUCUAGUUCGCCUCCAAGCAAUGCUUCUGCACGCUAUCCACGCGAUGCACGGCGAAAGCACUCCACGACUGGGACACAUCAUUGGAGUGGCCAUGCGUUUCGCAGUCAUGAAAGGGUUCCACCGUCUUGUGCGUGACGGAACCGCCGAGACUGACAUGGCCAUCACAGCUUGGUGGUGUAUCUAUAUGCUAGAUAAAGUGGUCGCUGUCACUCUCGGCAUUCCUCCCUACCCUCCCGAAGAAUGGAUCACGACGCCCGCAUAUGUUGACAGACUCGAGCCUCGAUACAUCAUGCCUUGGUCGUCAGAUGUGCCCGGCGCGACUACCGGCUCAACGUAUAAUUUCAACCUCAGCUAUUACGCUCACAUGUGCCGCAUACGGCAAAUUCAUUCCAAAAUCUUGUCUGCCACGCAAACGAUGGCCCCUGAAGCGAGAGCAGAGUUCACCAAAGACACUCGAGCCGCAAUUGAUCAGUGGUCACAUGAUGGCCAGAUGUACGGAUAUGGUCGUGUCAACACCGACGGAUACGCAAGUUCUCUAGGGCUGACCCAUGUCGCGGCCAUCACGCGGGUGAUCCUUUACAGACUGGACCCUGCCGAUAUCGACUCGCCAUACAUCGAUGAGAAACUCCAGGCUUGCUGUGACUUUGUCGGCACAUUCCGAGCGCUGCAGAAAAAGCGCCAGAUCCCGAAGCACUGGGGCGAUGUACGUGUUACCUCGAGCCGGUUUGCUCGCCACCAGAACGUCGACCGCGCCAUUCGCGAUCUCGCCUCAAGUCUUGCGAUAUUCGCUGAUCGGUCGGAAAAGGCGGACGUCUACCGUGACUGCUUGGACGUGUUGGCCAACGGCAUCUCGAGAUCUUGCACACCUGGGACAAUAGAUGAGGAGUCUCGGAGGGAGAUUUCUGGCAUGGUCCAGCAGAUUAUUGAGUGUGGCAUCGCGCCCGACGUUGCUUCGAUGCUGUCGGAGAUGAGCCAAGCUCUGGGUGACGGCUGA